AUGGCGGUGCUUGGAUCGCUUUUGCUGCUCCUCAUGCUGGACAAAGAACUGAACUUGACCCAGCUGGAUGGACUGCUGGUGGAACCCACUCGGGAUUUGCACCAGCUGGAACUUUGGUUGCGCGCGGGUUUUGACCAUCACGACGUGGAGAAUCCCUAUGUGCGGUGGUUUCUGCAUCGUGUGGAAAUGCCGCUGAGCAUUGUCACUUACCAGGAAAAUCGCUAUUGGAUGGACGUUCCUUUUGGUGGGAAAAAUCUAGUGAUGGUGAUGAGUUUAGAUCUACUUUUGACCAAUCGCGGAGCGGCUGCACCGAUUCAGAAAGCCAGUACUUUCUUUUACAUCCUGGCGGAUCAAGACAAGGACCUUUCACUCGAAGAACAACUCCGUUUGGAGGGCAGCUGUCGAAAGUUGUGGAUGCAGCACAAAAUCUACAAUCGCUUUUUCCUAACCAGAGACGGCAUUUGGAUCUAUGAUCCCUUUAAGCGACGCGAUUCCGCCUUUGGACGAUUGGUGCGAUAUUUCGGCUCGGAGACCCUGGAUAAACUGCUCUUCCGCGACAUGGCUGGCUAUCCACUGCGGAUUCAGAUGUUUAAGUCCGUCUACACUCGCCCGGAAUUCGAUGCAAAGUCCGGUUUGCUGACGAGCGUCACUGGCGUGGACUUCCAGGUGGCCGAAAUGCUCAGGGAGCGAUUGAAUUUCACCAUGCUACUGCAGCAGCCGGAAAAGAACUAUUUUGGUGAACGCUAUGCGAAUGGGAGCUACAAUGGCGCCAUAGGAUCGAUCAUCAACGAUGGCCUGGACAUCUGCCUCACGGGAUUCUUUGUCAAGGAUUACCUGGUGCAGCAGUACAUGGACUUCACAGUGGCCGUUUACGAUGAUGAGUUGUGCAUAUAUGUGCCGAAAGCCAGUCGUAUACCGCAAUCGAUAUUGCCCAUAUUUGCAGUUGGCUAUGACAUUUGGCUGGGAUUCGUGCUGACCGCAUUUGCUUGUGCUCUGAUUUGGCUAACAUUGAGAUUGAUUAAUCUAAAACUGAAAAUAGUCAGUCUGGGCAAUCAGCAUCUUUUGGGACAGGCAUUGGGAAUUAUGGUCGAUACAUGGGUGGUUUGGGUGCGACUUAAUCUGAGUCACUUGCCAGCGAGUUAUGCCGAAAGGAUGUUCAUUGGAACCCUUUGUUUGGUGAGCGUGAUAUUUGGCGCCAUUUUCGAGUCGAGUUUGGCCACGGUGUACAUACAUCCGCUGUACUAUAGGGAUAUAAAUACCAUGCAGGAGUUUGAUGAAAGUGGCUUGAGGGUGGUCUACAAAUACUCUUCCAUGGCGGAUGAUCUGUUCUUCAGCGAAACAUCACCAUUAUUCGCCAGUCUUAAUAAUAAACUCACAUGGAAUCGAAAUUUACGUGCGGAUGUCAUCGAUGAGGUGGCCAAAUUUAGAAACAAGGCUGGCGUCUCCAGAUAUACCUCCUUGAUAUUGGAAUCGUCGCGAUUCACGCUGCUCCAUCAGAUUUGGGUGGUUCCAGAGUGCCCCAAGUAUUAUACCAUCUCGUAUGUGAUGCCGAGGGAUUCGCCAUGGGAAGAUGCUAUAAAUGCGCUGCUGUUGAGAUUCCUGAAUGCUGGACUGAUUGUCAAAUGGAUUCAGGACGAGAAGUCCAUGGUGGAUACUAAAAUGAGAUUGAGCAUCCUUCAAGCGGAUGCCGAAACUGAGCUUGUGAGGGUCCUAACUAUUGGGGAUCUGCAGUUGGCCUUUUACGUGGUCAUUGGCGGUAAUUUGUUGGCUUUUCUCGGCUUUCUCGGCGAACAUUUCAGGCGAAAAUUGCAAAAGAAAGAGUUAUAG